AUGACUACUAGCCAGAAGUAUCCAUCCAGCUCCAAUAACGAACGCCAUCUUCGCCCGCUGACAACGCCUUGCACGGCGCGCAGGCCCUCUUGUCUGCGCAAGGGAAGCGCCUUUGUCAACGGCGUCGCCUUUCAGGGCUCGCGUCUGGAUGAGCUGUCCACGACCAAGACGAUCACGGUCAGAUACUCGUCCAAGCCGAAGAAGACCAUCUCGUUUGCCGACCAGCGAGGUCAAAGCCUUGUGCUAAAGCGAGAGUUUAGCCGUGAGGACGCGCCCGUGUGCUGUUGCGAAAUGCCUAGUGGAGUCACAGACGACCGAAUGAUGUGCCAACGUAGCAGCAGCAUUGACAAGUUGAUCUACGAGACGUUUGCGCAUCAGCAUUUGCUGUCUAUCUGCGUCAUCUCUCUGCUCGGUUGCGCCCUCGUUGGUUUCCGUCAGACCACCAAAUAG